AGAGGUAUUUCGCUCACUUAAAAAUCUAAACAUUGCAAGGUUAUCUCAUAAUCCACUAAAACUUAAUCAUACAAAUCACCAAUUGCCAAUAUUUGAUACCAAUCAACAUCUCAAAGAAUUGUAUUUAUCGAAUUGUAGCACUAAAAAGUUCUUUGAUGAUUGGUCAACUGGUAAUAAUGACUUAAUGAUUUUAGAUUUGAGUCACAAUAUGAUUAGAAACGUAUCGACAUCUUUAUUCACUUUACCGUCACUCGAAAUUAUAGUCGAUCUUAGUUAUAAUAAUAUAACACAUUUAAAUUUAGAUCAGAUCGAGGAAGUUGUAUCUAAGUCUAAAGAGGACCGUAAUACUGUUAUUUACAUGCAACACAAUCCUUUAUUAUGUGAUUGUUCUUUUUAUAAUAUUCUACGUUAUCUGGGAGAAAACAUGACCAAAGAUGUUUAUGAUAACUAUAAUAUUACAUUCGGAAACUUAACGUGUCCAAACACUGAUGGAAUUAUUGAUAAAGACAUUAGUAAUCUGAAUUUCGAAAAUUAUAUAUGUAGUGAGAACGAAUACUUUAAAACUACAGAACGGUGUCAAGAUGGUUGUACUUGUAGUGUUAGACUGUUAGACAAGACUCGUAUUUUAGAUUGCUCGUAUAGAAAAAAGACUAAAUUUAUAAUCGAUAAGACAAGGAUUAUCUUUCAAAAAGACAAUCCUUUAAUUAUAAAUUUGACAGGAAAUUAUUUAAAGGAGAUACCGUCACUUAAACCGUUUUAUCCAAUAAACGUUACGAGUCUACUCUUAUCCAAUAAUAAAAUAUCUAACAUAACGCUUGAUGGAUUACCAAGUAGCCUUCAAUAUAAAGUUGUAGAUUACUUGAAAUCAUUACAUUGGAAAAAAUUCACAUUUAGUGGAAACCCAAUUUUAUGUACUUGCAAAAAUUAUGAUCUAAUGAAAUUUCUCAUAUCAAUUCGAGAUCAUCUUAAAGAUCUAAAAMAUGUAAAAUGUCCAAAUAACAAUAUUCCAUUGCAUCAGAUAAAUAUAGACCAAACGUGUCGAAAUUCUUCAAAAUUAAAGUCAAUUAUAAUAUUGUUUGUAGUUGUGGCAAUAGUGAUUGGAAUGAUUUAUGUUAUUGUCAUGCGCAAUGUGAGAAAAAUACGUCCAGUAAGAGAAGAAUAUGAAGUUGCUUAUUCUGAUAGAAGAAUAAGUCUAUAA